AGGAAUUUUACGUACAAUGUUACGAGUAUUUUUAAUGAAAACGUUACAUUUAUUACAAGUUCAAAAUGGCCACUUAGAACAGAACAGCCACCAACAUUCAAUGAAGCAUUUAUGACAAGGACUAUUAUAUUUGGUCUCCUGUUUCUAAUGGCCCUGAUAGGAAACACAGCAACCAUCAUCCAAAUGUACAGAAUACGGAAGAGAAGAUCAACAAUAAAUACAUUAAUUGUCAAUUUGGCAGUGGCCGAUUUGUUAAUUACAUUUUUUAUAAUGGGAGUAGAUGCGGUUUGGGCUUCAACAGUCCAGUGGUUAGCCGGAAACGUUAUGUGUAAAAUAGUAAAAUUUGGUACAGCAACUGGUUUACUUGCGUCCACAUAUAUUAUAGUUGUGAUCAGUCUGGACCGAUGUUGCGUGAUUAUGGACCCUAUAAGUCGUCACAAAGCUCCAAAACGAGUUAAAAUCAUGAUAAUUAUAUCUUGGAUACUCAGUGCCUUAUUUAGUUUACCUCAGGUUUUUAUAUUUAGUGUACUGAGAGGACCAUUUGAGGAAGAUUUCUAUCAAUGUGUCGAUAAGACUUUCCCUUACAAGCAAUAUCAAAAGAUGUACAACAUGUUUUCGUUGAUUACCCAGUUCAUGAUACCUCUAGGAAUUAUGGUUGUAUCGUAUGGUCUCAUAUUUUACACAAUAUCUAGAAAGUCUAAGGAGUUUAGAGAACCAGAAAAUGCGUCAACAUCAUCAGAAUCGGCGAGAGGACAAGUUAGGAGCACGUUCAUGAGGAAAGCAAAACGAAAAGCUUUGCGAAUGUCUAUUUUUAUUGUAGCAACAUUCAUCGUUUGUUGGUUUCCUUACUAUGUUAUAUUUACAAGAAAAGCUUUCGGUGAUUCAGAGGAAACAUAUGAUGCUACAUUAUUGACAGUUUUAACAACGAUUGGUCAGUCUAACGCAGUGUUGAAUCCUAUUAUAUAUGGAGCUUUUCAUUUGUGCAAGGUGCAUAAACCAAGGUUUAUGAAAAGAGACAAAUUACCAGGAACAUGCGAUAAAAUUCCUUUUAUUCGCCGUUACACUAGACAUGAGGACCAAGAUGUGGCUAAUGGUACAAAUAUGACAAUAGUGGCGAUGAGGCGAAAUACUGUUAUCAUGUGUAAAUGUAGUCAAACUCCAGCCAUGAUAAAACAAUCAAAGGUCCCAUGUAUCAUUAUCAUGUGCAAAUGUGAUGAAGGGACCACACCGUUGACGGAAGAAGUAACUUCUUCUGGAGAUACAUGACAGUACACCAAUGACAAAUAGUCAUUAAAGGAAUAAUAUUGAAGACCACAUACGUUCAAACAUUUGCUCAUUUUGUCACACCUUUAAUAAAAUUAGUAUACUGUAAAAUUAAUUCAGAAAUGUUAACAUCUAGUAAUUGAUGCUGUUGUUGAUGAACCGACAUAUA